GACAGACAGCAUUGCGAUAAUCCUUCUUUCUUUUUUCUCCGCCUCCAGACCGCCGCCUCGACAUUGUACCUACUGCUACGCGCAGCAUAUGCCGCAUCACAGAGGGACACGACGACACAUCACAUAUGCUUGUGGUAGCCGAGGCGUCAUCGUUUUCAGCCGCAGUCAUCGUCGGGAGUCAGCGUUUACUGCGCACUUGCUGCAAUGUGAGUUUCAUCCCGCAAGUUUCCUUUCUUUUCUGUUGUUUUUUUUUUUUUUUUUUGUUUUCCUUUCUUAUAUGUACAACUCCCGCGCGCAUCCUUUGGUAUCCAACUGGAGGCAGUCCCACCGUCUCGUGACCUUGGGGUUGGCUUCUUUGUGCGACAGACGGCGGUGUCUUGUCGGCUGGCAGUUGGCAUGGUUGGCUGUGAUGAUAGUGAUGGACACGUCGUUGGAGGGGGACUUGUCAAAUUCAGGUAGGUUGCGACUCUGGCGGGGGGGAGGGGGAGGACCCCACAUGUUGACAUCAUUCUGCUCGUGCUUGGAUCUUCCAUUCUCGGGACCCUUCCAUCGGCUUUUCUUCCCUUUUAUCUAA